AUGAUGAGGACUGUCUGCCUCUGCUUUUGUAUCCUGAUCCAAGGUGGUCUAUGUGCGGAGUCCGAGGAGAGGUUGCUGAAGUGGCUACUGAGUAGAGAGCGUUACAACAAGCUGAUACGACCGGCCAGUAACCAGUUUGAACCAGUUACCAUCAAACUGCAGGUCUCCCUGGCACAACUGAUCAGUGUGCAUGACAGGGAACAAAUUAUGAUCACCAAUGUCUGGCUAACACAGAACUGGGUGGAUUACAGGUUGUCAUGGGAGCCCUCAGAUUUUGAUGGGAUUGACAAGCUCCGCAUUCCGUCCCGUCAUAUAUGGCUCCCAGAUAUUGUACUGUACAACAAUGCUGAUGGUAUCUAUGAGGUGACGGUCUUCACCAACGCCAUCGUCCUGUCCAACGGCACCAUCUUCUGGCUCCCACCAGCUAUCUAUAAGAGUGCCUGCAAGAUCGAGGUCAAACACUUCCCAUUCGACCAACAGAACUGCACCCUGAAGUUCCGCUCGUGGACCUAUGACCACACUGAGGUGGAUCUGGUCCUCAGGACAGGUGUGGCCAGUAUGGAUGACUUCACGCCCAGUGGAGAGUGGGACAUCUUGGCUUUACCCGGGAGACGUACUUUCUCCAGCUCAGAGCCCAUCUACGUGGAUGUGACCUACGACUUCCUGAUCAAAAGGAAUGAAUAUAUAGUGAAGCCGUUGUUCUACACCAUAAAUCUGAUUAUCCCCUGUGUCCUCAUCACCUCUCUGGCUGUGUUGGUCUUCUACCUGCCCAGUGACUGUGGAGAGAAGAUCAGUCUGUGUGUCUCUGUACUGUUGGCCCUCACUGUGUUCCUGUUGCUGAUAUCUAAGAUCGUACCGCCAACCUCGCUGGACGUGCCCCUGAUUGGUAAAUACCUGAUGUUCACCAUGGUUCUCGUAACCUUCUCCAUCGUCACCAGUGUGUGUGUUCUGAACGUCCAUCACCGUUCCCCCAGCACACACACCAUGCCCCACUGGGUUAAAGUUUUGUUCCUGGACUGGCUGCCUGCCCUGCUGUGCAUGAGGCACCCCCAGAACAACUCGGCCAGACAGCGGCUCCGUCAGAGGAGGCAGCAGUCGGUCCAGAAGACCAAGGAGGCUAGCCCAGGGAUGGACCCUGGCGUGGCCUCCUCUCCUUCCUCUUCGCCAUUCCUCCUAUCUCCUGGGUCCUACUACCUCAGAAAAAGUCACAGUCCUGACCUACAGGAAGCUGUGGACGGGGUGCGAUACGUCGCUGACUACAUGAUUAGAGACGACGACAACAAGACUGUGAUUGAGGACUGGAAGUACGUGGCGAUGGUAUUGGAUCGUCUGUUCCUGUGGAUCUUUGCAGUAGGCUGUAUAGCCGGUACUCUUGGGAUCUUCCUCCAACCUUUCUUCCAGCAUCAGACCAUUCCCAUCCGGAAUCUCAGCAGCCCCACCUCAUCAAGGGACGUCAUCUUGAAGGAUUCCGUUGUUUAAAAAUAUAUAUAUAAUCCAUGUAAAACAAAAUGUUUAGCUUUAAAAGCGGAACCCCACCACAUGAAAUGAUCUGAAGGACUUUACUGUCAACUGGCUAAUGCCGCUACUAUUCUUAGCAACAAUUUAUUACAAUAAUGAUGAAACAAAUGAUCCGGGAUUCCUGCCGUCGUUAUACGGGGGGAGUCAGUAGCUCAAGGAAAAGGUGUUUAUGUUAGACAGAGCAGUGUCUGACUGCUGUCGGCUGAGGAAGAUGCUUUGAAUUGACUGUGUUCGGUAAAGAGAUGUUUUGUGAUGAUGGAUAGACUUUAAUUAACAACAUGGUUAACAUCAUGCAUGUCCCCUAAACUAGAAAUGAACAACAUGGUAACAUCAUGCAUGUCCCCUAAACUAGAAAUGAACAACAUGGUAAAAUUAUGCAUGUCCCUUAAACUAGAAAUGAACAACAUGGUAACAUCAUGCAUGUCCCCUAAACUAGAAAUGAACAACAUGGUAAAAUGUUGAAUGUCCCCUAAACUAGAAAUGAACAACAUGGUAACAUUAUGCAUGUCCCUUAAACUAGAAAUGAACAACAUGGUAACAUCAUGCAUGUCCCUUAAACUAGAAAUGAACAACAUGGUAACAUCAUGCAUGUCCCCUAAACUAGAAAUGAACAACAUGGUAACAUCAUGCAUGUCCCCUAAACUAGAAAUUAACAACAUGGUAACAUCAUGCAUGUCCCUUAAACUAGAAAUGAACAACAUGGUAACAUUAUGCAUGUCCCCUAAACUAGAAAUGAACAACAUGGUAACAUCAUGCAUGUCCCCUAAACUAGAAAUGAACAACAUGGUAACAUCAUGCAUGUCCCCUAAACUAGAAAUGAACAACAUGGUAACAUCAUGCAUGUCCCUUAAACUAGAAAUGAACAACAUGGUAACAUCAUGCAUGUCCCUUAAACUAGAAAUGAACAACAUGGUAACAGCAUGCAUGUCCCUUAAACUAGAAAUGAACAACAUGGUAACAGCAUGCAUGUCCCCUAAACUGAAUGUCACAAACUGAGAAAAUAUAUGAAGUGUGCUGCCACCCUCUGCCAAUGUUAUGAAUUUAAAGUGAUGUCGUAAAGUAGGCUACUCAACAACACGCUGAAUGGAUGAUUGGUUUGAACAUUCGCAGGUUCUUAUUAUGAGGUGUGUUGUGAUCUCUCA